AAUAGUGAGUGGUGCACACUUCCUUCGCCCAGCCACAGAACAAAAAAAAGUCCCAUUUAAGAGUUGCUGGUGUAACAAUAGGAAGAAUAUAUUCCACUCCUCUCUUCUACACGCGGCUUAUGAGAUGAACGCUCGUCAAGAAGAUCGUCCCCUUCAGCAGCAGGAGGAUCCACAGCCCCCCCACAUUAAAGAAGAAAAGGAGGAUCUCUGGAUCACUCAGGAGGAAGAGUGUCUUCUAGGGCAGGAGGAGGCUGAUCUCAGCAAGUUUCCACUGACUGUUGUCUCUGUGAAGACUGAAGAGCAUGAAGACAAACCACCUGAGUCCUCACAGCUUCAUCACAGUCCAACAGCUGUCAAAGAGGCAGCUACGACUUUUUUUGCUCCUCCAUGGCUUCCAUCAGAGACACUGGCGGUCACCGCAGCCCUCCGACUUUCAGAAACAAUACCAAGACAUCAGAGAGCUGUUACGCAGCAAAGACAAGAACAUCGCCUCGAUGGCAUUCACCAGGAUCAACUCGAACACUUGAUCGAGUUUCUCACCCUUUUCAAGUCAGCAAUCAGCGAGCUUGAAGUAGAACAUCACCCAACCGUUCAGAUGGUUCUGCUCUGGUUUUUCAAGCUGAAAAAACACUGUGAGCCCAAGUUUGGAGACCCACCUUACAUGAAAACUCUCCUCUCUCGCGCGUCUUCUCUGCUUGAUGAGAAGAUGCAUCCGACUGCUGCUCACAAAAUCGCCACUUUUCUCCACCCGAAAUUUAAGUCGCUGAAAAUGCUGGCAGACGAGGACAGACGAGAAGUGAUCAAGCAGGUUCGGGAACUUCUUCUAGAGGAUGGAGAAGAAAACCCUGCCACCGAGCCACCUGUCACCGAGCCCCAAUCAGCAACAGAGCAAGGUGGAGCUGAUGGCACAUCACCAAAAAAAAAAUAAGAUUGACUUCACAGAAUGGGAGGAGGAUACAUCUUUGCUUGUUGAUGAAGUAGAGGAUUAUUCCUCUACAAACUCCCAAUACGACAGAUCAGCAGAAGAACAUCUACUUUCCUUUUGGGGGCAAAAAGGACAAUCAUUCCCACGACUACAACACCUUGCCAAGAGACUCCUAUGCAUCCCAGCAACAAGUGCCGCAAGUGAGCGUUCCUUCAGCGCAGCAGGGCGCAUUUUAGAGGCCAGGCGCUCUCGCCUGAAUCCUGGCACUGUAGAUCCAAUUUUAUUCCUGCAUAGUGCCAACAAAAAAAAAAGAAAAUAGACAUACGGUUGGAUAUGUCAACCUUCGUCUUGUGUUAGCUUUCUGGUACCAUCUCUGAUGUUUAUGUUCCAUAUAUAUUGAUGUUUAGAGAAAGUGUUGAGUUGCAGUGUGUGUGGUGAAAGAUUCUCUUAUAAGUACCAGUGUAAGAAACACAAGUGUGCUGGUGAGAACAGCAGCAGCAAAUGAAACUGCAGGAUUUUAAAUAAACUGUCAAAACUUUAA